AUGCGUCAACCACCUAAAAAGAUGGGGGGGUCCUCUGGCAGUGCCACUGCCAACUACAAGCCUGGGAGCACGCCUGAGGGUAAGCCAAAGGUCAAGAAGGAGAAGGCAGUGAAGACAUCCACUAAAGAUUGUGCAAUCCUGUUCGGUGAUUCUGGCCCUGUCGUUGCUAGCAGUCCUUCCUUUGGCCUGGGAAGCAAGAUGGGCGCCCGUCUAGGACUUGUCGUUCCUGCCGUUGGUCAAUCGUUCUUUGGCGCCCAGCUCCUCAUUCCGCGUGACCCAGGUCAAGAGAUGAGCGAGGCCACAGGUCGCGGCGUUUGUCACAUAUACGAGAUAACCAAGCAUAUGGCAUUACCCGCUGAUCACAAGAUCAUCGCCAAGUUUCCUCGUGGAAAGAUCUCGUGCUCCUAUGACCCGGUGCCUCAAUCUGUCCAGGCCAAGUUUCCGACAAUCAAGAACUGGGGAUCGUUUUCUUACGUUACGGUCAAGAUUGAUGGUGCCAUUCCAACCAUAGAAGGGUAUGGUCAAGCUUUUGCCAAUGGUGCUGAUCCAGAGCUCGAAAGUUGGAUCAACUCCAACGAGCCGAUCACAGGGAGCGUUACCCUCCUUGAUGUGCUGCAUCAGCAAGCGUUCUUCUUUGUCGUUGCCUGGGCUCCAGGACCAGCCAGCAAGAACUUUACUGAGAGCCUCCUGCCGCCCCCUUUCAGUUAUGGCAGUUAUCCCCGGAUACCUCUGGAGGAGGAUCAAAUGAAGUAUGCCAUCGAGCAGAACCCUGGCGGUGCUUUUGUGGCAUCAUAUGGUUUCGACAGCAACGAAGCUCACGUCACCGCCAUCAAUCAGGCGACCAUCCAAGAUGCGUUCUGGGUUCACCAAGAGGCAAAGCUGAUCAAGGACACAAGUUUUCCUGCCUACUUUGCAACACCAGAGAGUGGCACUGCUGCCAGUGCGCAUGUUCUUCACCUUGUCAUCCCCUUGAAUAAGGAUUGGAGAGAGUUGCAUGACCCCGCCUGGCGACGUCUGACCAAGAAUGCUGUCUUCUUCGUUAUGAUCCACGACGUCAUACCUAUAGAAGGUGUGGAGGUCAAGUCAGCCAGAUGGGCCUGCAAGAUCAUCGACUAUCCUGCUAGUGUUUCAGAGCUCCAAACUCAUCCCGUCGAAGCACAUGAGCUUGUUCUGCGGGUGCGUUGCGCCAAAGAUCGCGCAGAAGUUAUCAUCCGUGACUUUUGUAAUCGUCCUUCAGCCAGUGCUGCGUUGGCAAAGGAUAAAGGAAAGUAG